AUGAAUACAAAUAUAUGUUACACCUGCAAUAACGCGAACCAAAUAGAGAGAGCUAUUUUAGUAUGUGAUGGAUGUAAACAUAGAUAUUGUCAAAAACAUUAUGAAGAACACCGUCAACACCUAAGAAAUGAAUUAGAUGUUACUUGUGAUAAACGUAAUGAAGUACAAAAUGAAUUAAGAGAUUUAACAAAUUCACCAAAACUUUUAAAUGAUAUUACUCAAUGGGAACAAGAAAUGAUUGCGAAAAUAAAAGAAACAGCUAAUAAUAUACGAAAAGAAAUUAAUGCAUUUUUAAAUGAGAAACAAUCUGAAAUAGAAGUACAAAUUCAAUAUGUAACAAAGCAAUUAUGUCGAACAAGAGAAAAUGGAAAUUAUACUGAACAAGAUUUGGAACAAUGGAAUAGAGAAUUAGAGAAACUUAAAAAUGAUAUACAUCAAUUAAGUUCAUCAUCAUCAUCCUCAUCAUCAUCGUCGACAGAAAGGGAAAAUAUUCAAUUAGAAAUCAGACAAAUUGACUGGACACAAAUGAUUCAAGUCAUUAAACCGAGAUAUAAUCAAAUUAAUAUAAUAUUAAAUAAUAAACCAAAAAGAAAAAUUCCAAUCGAUAAAUCUGCUCAUGUAGGAAUUGAAGCAUCUGAUAAACAUCUGCUUUAUCAAGAUGGUGAGAAGAAAUUAAGUUUAAUCGAUUAUGCAGGUGGACAUAAACAAAGCAUUGAAUGGAACUAUGGUAACAUAUAUGAUAUAUGUUGGUCGUUGUUAUUAAAUUCAUUUAUUAUUGUAACGAAGAACAAUCUUUAUACAGUUAAUGUAUCUAAUUUAGAUGUAUCACCCAUUAGACAAAUUCGAUUAGAUAAAAAUCCAGGUUUUAGUAGAUGUGCAUGUUUCAGACAAACAUUAAUUAUUACUUAUUGUAUGUGGACAUCUCCAAUAGAUGAAUAUGAUACAAGAGAUUGGAAACUUGCUAAAAGAUUGAAUAUAUUUGAAAAUAAAAUAUGGCCAAGAUGUAUUCGAUUCAUAAAUGAAACAUUUGUUGUAAUGUUAGUUGAAAUAGAUGAAGGUACAUCGCAUAAUUCUUGUACUUUGGAAAUACGUCAGCAAUCAAAUAUGAAUGUUAUUAUUCAAUCUAUUUCAUUAGAAAAAACUAUUUCUUACUCUUAUUUCGUAUGUCUAUCAAAUGAUCAUUGCAUAAUUCUACCUGAUGGAAAAAAUUAUUUGUUAAUAAUCAACAAUAAAAAUCAACAACAAACCAAAACUCAGUAUAAAGAGAAAUUAACAAAUCUAAUUAUGGCCGGCUGUUUCUCUAUCUUGUUUUAA